UCCCGGUUCCCUCUGGUGGCCUUUGAAGAUAUAGCACAGCUGUGAUUUGAGCAUCAAGAAGGAAAGAAGUGCCUUUUUCAUCACAGAUCAACUACCAGCAUCUUCAAGGAAAUACUAGUGCUAUGUUCAAUUUCAACAGCACUGGUGGAACAUGGCAAGGACUACACGCUUAACAGAGAUGAAAACUAGUUUUUAAAGAAAGAUACGUUUUAUGAUGGAAGCUUCAUAUUCUGCAAGUGCUGCGGCGGCACCGACGUUACCCCCCAUGACCCCCUCUCCGGGCUACCUGCUCAGAAUGUUCCGGGAGUAUCAAAGCAACUCCGUCAUCGUGGCCCAUUACAACUUCACCGGAAAGCUGAAAGAAAACAAGUAUCGUGACGGACUAAAGCCAGAAGCCAUCACGUUUCUCAUCAUCUGUCUGCUCAUAGUGGUGGAAAACGCUGUGGUUCUGGUGGCGAUUUGGAAAAACAAAAAGUUCCACAUGCCCAUGUACUACUUGCUGGGCAACUUGACGCUCUCGGACUUGCUAGCAGGUUUCACCUACAUGGUAAACAUAGUGACAUCGGGGGCAAACACUCUCAAAAUGACUCCGGUCCUGUGGUUUCUCAGGGAAGGUGGCGUUUUUAUAACCCUCUCAGCUUCUGUCAUCAGCCUCCUCGCCAUCGCCAUAGAGCGCCACGUGACGAUGGUACGGAUGAAGCCUUACCAAGGUGCCAAGCGUGGCCGAAUGUUCGGUCUGAUCGGCGCGAGCUGGGUCCUGUCCGUGCUCUUGGGCGUCCUCCCCGUCGUGGGCUGGAACUGCAUAGGAAACCUGGAGACGUGCUCCACCGUGUUGCCCCUUUACGCCAAGAGCUUCAUCCUCUUCUGCAUUACCGUGUUCACCCUGGUGCUGCUGGCCAUCGUGGUGCUCUACGUACGCAUCUUCCGCAUAGUGAAGUCCAACACCCAGCGGCUGGGCUGCGGCCCGCAGCGCAAAGGUCUGGCGAGGAAAUCCCAGAAGUACUUGGCUCUGUUGAAGACGGUCACCAUCGUUCUUGGCGUCUUCAUCGCGUGCUGGCUGCCUCUCUUCGUGCUCCUUAUGCUGGACUUCAGCUGUCCUGCUCAAAGCUGUGAGGUGCUUUUCAAGGCGGAUUACUUCUUGGGUAUCGCCAUGAUCAACUCUCUUCUGAACCCCAUCAUUUAUACCCUAACUAGCAAAGACAUGAGAAGGGCCAUAUUGAGACUGGUGUGCAGCUACUGUCUGCUGACCAAAGAUGGACAGGUGAAGAAGUUCGGCAUGCCUUUCUUGGAUUGUAGCACGAGUAGGGCCGAGCUGCCGUCUCAUAGGCUGGAAGGGCUGGAGACGACGGUCUCGUCUGGGAACUUUUCGCCCACCACUAUUAAAGCUAUCUAUCCUAGGGUAUUGAGGAGUUGAACGAGAAAGACGUUUGGGCGCAGUUCGACUUCUCCUGAUCCGGUUUGUCUUCGGAAUAUUUAUGAAACUGAAAAGGAAAGAAGUCUGAGGUGCUCAGAGACUAAAGAAAAACAUUUCUCGAGUAAGUAGUGGAACUUCGAGUCGGUCACAAAUGUUGGCUUCCUACACGUGCAUUUAAAUUAACCACGAGACUGCCUGGGAAUGUGGUAGACCAGACGGAUGGAUUUUUCUAACUGUGAUAAAUACCAGUGUUUAAAACGGAUUGUCUGAGGGUCAAAGUAGCAGAACAAAGGCUAUAAUGACUUUUUAAAAAUAGGAUUUCAAACAGCAUGCAGUGAAAAACACUGUUUUACAGCUGAACUGAGUGAAGUCUGUACUGACUUGUUUGCACAGACAUGUCAUAAAGAUUUUUUUAAAAGAUACUCUUAUGAUCUGGAAGCUAUUCCCGUGAGUUUGCAAAACAAGUCAUUUGUAAACAUUCAAAGACUUUGUAGUAUAAAAAGGUGCAAAGAAAAUGUCAGGUUAAUGCCUCCAAACAAUCACUUUAGCAUGGACAGAAAACAUGCACACAACAAAUAAAACCUACAAGGAAAGUGACCAUUUUCAUGGUUUAAAAACAUCUCCCUGUAUCCAAAAAUUUAAUUUAAAAAAGGUAGCACAAGCUAUAUAUUGUAUAUUGUAUAAAUAUUGUUACAAAGUUUUGUAUGGAUUGACAUCAUUUAGCUGUCUGCAGUGAUAAGAAUAGCACUGUUAAAAAAGUUUGUCUGUUUUUGUAGAUUCAAAAAAAUGCAUUAUUGUUUAAAUAUAUUCUAAAUUAUGAGUCCUUUAAAAAUGUUUAUAUGUGCAUUAAUGAAAAUUAAAAGCUGUUCUUGA